AUGUCCCGGUCCAGCACCCCGAUAAUCCCCACCCAAAACCCUCCCUCCCAUUCACGCGCCUCGCCAUCGCCCUUGCAUUUGCAACCGACGCAAGAGCAGCGUCCUGGCUAUGCACAUUCCCGAAACGUCAGCCGAGUCAAGAUACCCGGCCAGCAGUCGAUAACAGCCCAGCAUGCUGCUCUCACGCCCGAUCAGGUCGUGGAGCGGCAUUCAACUUCACUAGCCAACGGUCUACACCCUUCGGAUGCUGCAGCGAGAUUGUCAAUUCAGGGGCCGAAUGAGCUCCCUUCGGAGGAGCCGGAGCCGCUAUGGCUGCGCUUCGUCAACCAGUUCAAGGAGCCUCUGAUAUUGCUACUCUUGGGAAGUGCAGCUGUCUCACUGCUCAUGAGGAACUUCGACGAUGCGUUAUCGAUUGCGAUCGCGGUGACCAUCGUGACCACUGUCGCCUUUGUGCAGGAGUACAGGAGUGAGAAGAGCUUGGAAGCAUUGAAUCAGCUCGUGCCGCACUCUGCGCAUGUGAUUCGGAAUGGGGCGAAUCAAAGACAACAGGGGGAGAAUGGUGAAUCAAAAGGACCUGGGAAUAGCGAGCUUGCGACAGCUGAGAAGGCCAGCACAACUAUCUCUGCAUCACAGCUAGUGACAGGAGACUUGGUCUUGUUCCACACGGGAGACAGAGUGCCCGCGGACAUUCGGAUAACUCAUGCGGCGGAUCUCAGCAUUGACGAGAGCAAUCUGACGGGGGAAAAUGAGCCUGUUGCGAAGAGUGCCGAGAGUCUUGGACUCGCAACCCAAAUGAAUGGCAGCACCAACCCGGCCUUGCGAACGCCAGACUCUACCGGAGAAAUUAGGCUUACGGAGCAAACAAACAUUGCCUUCCAGGGAACAUUGAUUCGAUCUGGAUAUGGUCAGGGAAUCGUCAUUGGGACUGGCGGCGAAACAGAGUUUGGCGCCAUCAGUGCCUCGCUUCAGGAGAUUGAAUCCCCGAGGACACCUCUGCAGCAAAGUAUGGAUCGCCUAGGGAAGGAGUUGAGUUACAUGUCGUUUGGCGUGAUUGGUCUGAUCAUGGUCAUUGGGCUUUGGAGAGGCAUGCAAUUUUUGGAGCUCUUUCAAGUUGGCGUAUCUCUGGCUGUCGCUGCUAUUCCUGAGGGUCUACCUAUCAUCGUGACAGUCACCCUUGCACUUGGUGUGCUGAGGAUGAGCCGACGUAACGCUAUCGUGCGCAGACUGCCGUCUGUCGAAACGCUCGGCUCGGUGAACGUGGUCUGCUCGGACAAAACUGGCACUUUGACGGUCAACCACAUGACCGUCACCAAGAUGUGGAGCUUUGGACAAGAGGAUCCACAGGAUGUGCAAAGAGUGCAGAAAGAUUCGCCAAAUGGCGCUACGACGCAAGCAAUCCUUAGGAGUGCGAAUGUGGUCAAUAAUGGCAGGCUGAACACCCACAGUCAUGGCACUGUAACUGCUGCGAGUGCCACGGUCCUGGCAAACACUGGUGGUGAUGACGAUCUGGCAAAUGCGAAGAGCAGGUGGGCUGGACAGCCAACAGAUGUGGCAUUGCUUGAUCUAUUGGACGCAUUUCACGAAGACGACGUGCGGCAACGCAUUGGUGGACGAAAACAUGAAGUGCCUUUCUCGAGCGAGCGCAAGUGGAUGGGGGUGGUUGUGGAGGGUCAGGGUGGUGACCACACAGCAUAUAUCAAGGGUGCUUUGGAGCGAGUCGUAGGGAGAUGCGACACGUACAUCUCUGGCCAAGGUGAAGUGGUUCUGGAUGAGAGGCGGAGGCAAGAAGUAGAGCACGCGGCACGCAAAAUGGCGGAGGAAGGCUUGCGCGUCCUCGCCUUCGCUUCUGGACCGGUUCGAAUGCGUAUCAAUUCGCGUGCGUCUACUCCGGCGUCAUCACUAGGAAAGGGCGCAGCCAACACGCCCAACGAAGAUACGUACACUGGACUUUGCUUUGCAGGCUUGGUUGGCAUGUCUGAUCCACCUCGCAAGGGCGUCGACAGAUCGAUUCGUCGAUUGAUGGCUGGAGGCGUCAAGGUGAUCAUGAUCACAGGCGAUGCGGAGCCCACUGCUGUCGCCAUCGCCAAAAAAUUGGGGAUGCCAGUCAACAUGUCUUCCGCGAUCGGAUCCCCAGUUUUGCGCGGAGACCAGCUGGACCAAAUGACCGAUGGGCAACUUGCAGAGGCCAUGAGCCGUAUCUCCAUCUUCGCGCGGACAAGCCCGGAUCACAAGCUCAAAAUCAUCAGCGCCUUGCAGUCUCGUGGCGAUGUUGUUGCGAUGACUGGAGACGGUGUGAAUGACGCGCCGGCACUGAAGAAAGCCGACAUUGGCGUCUCGAUGGGCAAGCUUGGCACUGAUGUGGCUAAAGAGGCCGCUGAUAUGAUAUUGACAGAUGACGACUUCAGCACCAUUCUGAGCGCGAUAGAGGAGGGCAAAGGAAUCUUCUACAACAUCCAGAAUUUCAUCACAUUCCAGCUGAGUACAAGCGUUGCUGCCUUGGGACUGGUAAUGUUCAGCACAUUCGGCGGCUGGAAGAAUCCGCUCAACGCCAUGCAGAUUCUUUGGAUCAGUGAGUGUCUGCUGUUUGUGCGCAGGAAAACUUUUGCUAACGCCACAUCUCAGAUAUCCUCAUGGACGGUCCACCUGCGCAGUCGCUCGGCGUUGAGCCAGUCGACCCAGCUUUACUGCAACAUCCACCCCGACCGCGCAAUGCUCGGGUACUAACCCAGCGCGUCCUCCGCCGUGUCUUUCAAUCCGCCGCCAUCAUCCUCCUCGGCACGCUCUAUACCUACGUUUCCAACCUCACUGCCGCAGACCUCGCCGCCCAUUCCGUCUCGGCCCGCGAUACCACACUCACCUUUACACAAUUCGUCCUCUUUGACAUGUUCAAUGCUCUUACCUGCCGCAGCGCCACCAAAUCAGUACUCCUCGGAGAAGUACCGGUCAUCCCGACCAGCAAGGUAGAGGGAAAUAAGAUGUUCAAUUACGCUGUCUUGGGCUCUCUGAUGGGACAGGGACUGGUCAUCUACUUCCCGCCCUUACAGCGUGUCUUCCAAACCGAAGCGCUUAGUUUCAUGGAUCUGGUCAGGCUCGUUCUGAUGGCUAGUCUGGUGCUAUGGGUUGACGAGGGGAGGAAAUGGUAUGAACGGAGAAGUAGUAAGAAUAGUCUCCGAGGCAGUGGAUAUAGCAGGCUUGUGUAG